AUGAGCGACCCUCCCUUGCCAGACGUCGAUGCCGCAAACAGCCAAUUGCGGUCCGAAGCGAACGCUGCAUCUCAACAAGGAACGCCUCGAGGGACCCAAAACUCUCAGAGCCAGAGUCAGGCGCCGCCGACGAGUUCUCCGCUGUUCUUCAGGAGUUCGCCUGCUGGAUCUCAGAGCCAGUCGCAGUCGCAGAGCUUGAAUGUGCCUGCUGCGAAUGGUGUUGGAAGUAGUCCGUUGAGGCAGCGGGUUGAUGCGCCGACGCCUGGUAUACAGAGUAGUGAAGGUGGAAGAACACCGAGAGCGAACGGUGGCAUUGGCGAUUCAUCGCCUAUCCAUUACGGCCCCAGCUCUGACGCGGCUACUCCAGCAGCGAACGGUCACCGCCCUGAUCGCACCAGCUCGUCUGGUCUUUUCGUGAGAUCUGGCUUGUCUGGUGGUGCUGCAAGCGCAAGAGAGCGAAGACACGAUAUCAAUUCUGAUCUUCUGGAGAACAGUGGACGCAGACGGCAGGUCUUUGUCGACGAGAAUGGCCUUCCAGUUCAGGAUGGAUCAGACGCUGCGACCUUUUCCAACGCCAACCCAAACACCUCAGAUGCCGCUGCUCUUGGAGGACGCUCGACACGAUAUAUCUGGGGUACCGAUGUGUCCAUUACCGAUUCUUGGUCAUCGAUGAAGGAAUUCUUGUACAACUUCCAGAAGAAAUACCGCAUGGUCCAGGAUGGUGAGAUUUUACAAGGCGAGACGCUGGAUGCUGGUCAUCCGGGACUCGAGAACGAGUACUUGGGCAUGCUGGAUACGAUGUUGGAGCUAGGCACGAAGGCAUUCUAUUUGGAUUGCAGAAACCUGAAAGCCUACCCUGGAACACGAAAGCUGUGGCAUCAAUUGCAGUCUUAUCCAAGCGAAAUUGUGCCCGUGAUCGAUACAGCUGUUAAAGACACCAUGGUGGAGCUGGCAGAGAAGAAGAUGGGCGAGAGGCGGUCUCAGCAAUCUCAGCAGCAGCGAGAGAGGAACUCCAGCUCUAUGCCGCCAAUGCCCAGCUCAGACGUUGACAACAUGGGUGGUCGAACUCCUACACAGGCACAGCCAGCUCCACCAGCAGAUGAGCAUGAUCUUGUCGCAGAAGUCGAGCAGACAGUAUACCGAUGCAGACCAUUCGGGUUGGACAAGACGAUCAACUUGCGGGACCUGAACCCUGGAGACAUGGACCAAUUGGUUUCUAUCAAGGGUUUGGUCAUUCGAACAUCGCCAAUCAUCCCUGACAUGAAGGACGCGUUCUUCCGAUGCUCCGUCUGCCACCACACCGUCAAGAUUGACAUCGACCGCGGCAAGAUUGCAGAGCCUACCCGCUGCCCGCGUGAAGUCUGCCAGGCAAGCAACAGCAUGCAGAUUGUGCACAACCGGUCCGGAUUCGCCGACAAGCAGGUCAUCAAACUGCAGGAGACUCCAGAUUCUGUGCCUGAUGGUCAGACUCCACAUUCGGUCAGCUUGUGCUCUUACGAUGAGCUUGUCGAUGUGUGCAAAGCGGGUGAUCGAGUCGAAAUUACGGGCAUCUUCAAAUGCAACCAAGUCCGACUCAAUCCACGUCAGCGAACAGUCAAGAACGUCUUCAAGACGUAUGUGGACUGCUUGCAUGUGCAGAAAGUUGACAAGCGUCGAAUGGGCAUCGAUCCGUCUACCAUCGAGCAGGAGCUCUCAGAACAGGCCGCCGGAAACAGUGAAGAGACCCGGAAGGUCAGCGAAGAAGAAGAGGCUAGGAUCAAAGCAACGGCCGAGAGAGAGGACGUGUACGACCUGCUCUCAAGAUCUUUGGCGCCUUCAAUCAACGAGAUGGACGACGUCAAGAAGGGCAUUCUUCUUCAACUUUUCGGUGGUACCAACAAGAGCUUCGAAAAGGGUGGCUCUCCCAAGUACAGAGGAGACAUCAACGUGCUUCUCUGCGGUGAUCCCUCUACCGCAAAAUCGAAGAUGCUAGAAUACAUCCAUAAGAUCGCCCCUCGGGGUGUCUACACCUCUGGAAAAGGUUCGUCUGCAGUGGGUCUUACUGCAUACGUUACCCGCGAUCCAGAAACGCGGAACCUAGUACUGGAGUCGGGUGCCCUCGUCCUGAGUGAUGGCGGUGUCUGCUGUAUUGACGAAUUUGACAAGAUGUCAGACUCGACCAGAUCAGUCUUGCACGAAGUCAUGGAACAGCAGACUGUCUCCAUUGCAAAGGCAGGCAUCAUCACCACACUCAACGCUCGAACGAGUAUUCUGGCAUCUGCCAACCCGAUCGGCAGCAAGUACAACCCCAACUUGCCCGUGCCGCAGAACAUCGAUCUGCCGCCGACUUUGUUGUCAAGAUUCGACCUUGUCUAUCUCGUGCUCGACCGCAUUGAUGAGUCGGCUGAUCGCAAGCUGGCGAGACAUUUGGUGGGCAUGUACUUGGAGGACAAUCCUGAGAAUGCAGCCAAGGAAGAGAUUCUGCCCGUGGAGUUCUUGACCUCCUACAUUUCAUACGCACGCGCCAACAUUCACCCCAAGAUCACCCAGCCUGCAGCCGAUGCUCUUGUUCGCUCAUACGUGGCCAUGCGCAAACUGGGCGAAGACAUCCGCGCAGCUGAGCGUCGUAUCACGGCCACCACGCGUCAACUAGAGAGCAUGAUCCGUCUCUCAGAGGCGCACGCCAAGAUGCGUCUGAGCGAGACUGUGGAAGAGUCUGACGUCGAAGAAGCCGUCCGGUUGAUUCAGGCAGCGCUGAAGCAAGCCGCGACAGAUGCCCGGACUGGUCUCAUCGACAUGGGUCUGUUGACCGAAGGCACAUCGGCGAGCGAGAGGAAGCGCAAGGAGGAUUUGAAGAAUGGUGUGUUGAGCGUGCUGGAUGAAAUGCUUGGGAAAGGUGUCUCUAGCGCGAGGUAUGGUGAUGUGGUGAGGACGUUGAGUGAGCAGAGCUCGGUUCCGGUCGAGGGACAGGAGUUUGCAGAUGCCGUGAGAAGUUUGGAGCAGGAGGGCAAGGUGCAGAUUGUGGGUGAGGGCCCGAGGAGGAGUAUCCGGAGGGUGACUGGUGUUGCCUAG